AUGUUCGGCGCGGGGGCGGGUGGUACCCCCGCUUCGGCCCCUUCCGGCGGAGCCGCCUUUUCCUUUGGCUCCACAAAACCCGCCGCAGCAGCGGCGUCUACGCCUGCCGCCGGGGGCUUCAGUUUCGGAUCGACACCGGCCGCGGCACCGGCUGCCGCCCAGGCCCCCGCCCCCGGAUCAGCGUUUUCCUUCGGCGGCUUCGGAGCUGCUUCUAGCGGCACCGCUCCCGCCGCCGCCUCCGCCGCCGCCCCGGCCGCCUCAACUUCCGUGUUCGGCGGCGGCGGCGGCCUCGGUUCGGCGGCACCCGCUCCCGCACCGGGAACAUUCGGCGGCGGUGGUUUUGGCACGACGAAACCCGCUCCCGCGGCGGCAGCGUUCAGUGGCGGGUUCGGCGGGGCGAAAAAUACUGCUUCUACCGCCGCCCCCGCUGCCGCGGGGGGCUUCAGCUUCGGGAAGAGCCCCGCUCCCGCUGCCGCUGCGCCUGCCGCCGCGGGCUUCGGUGGGGGCUUUGGUUCGGCCGCCACGGCGCCGGCGGCCACGACGUCCGUGUUCGGAGGAGGAGGACGGUUCGGGGCUGCACCAGCUGCCGCGGCGCUGGCGCCUGCGGCCGCCUCCGGUGGAUUUGGAGGCGUAGCCGCUCCAUCAGGGUUUAGUUUUGGAGCUGCUGCUCCGGCGACGUCAUCGACAGCAGGAGCACCUGCCCCAGCAGCAACCACCGCUGCCGCAUCAGGGUUCAGUUUUGGCGCCGCCGCUCCCGCAGCAGCGACAGCAGCAGCCCCUGCUCCAGCGAAAACGGCUCCAUCAGGGUUUAGCUUUGGUGCUGCCGCCCCCGCAACAUCGGCGGCCCCAGCGGCAGCCGCAGCGACGUCAUUUAGCUUUGGGGGGUCGGCGACGGCUGCGUCUGCUGCGCAACCGGCCGCCACUACCGCCGCUUCGACCGGACUCAGCUUUGGAGCCGCCGCUCCCGUAACUCCAUCGGCAACGGCACCUGCUACUGCUCCGGCAAAGGCUGCCCCAACGGGAUUUAGCUUUGGAGCCCCUUUACCCGCGACAUCGGCCGCCCCGGCAGCAGCCGCGGCUGCUUCUUUGUCGGCGUUAGGAGCUGCUGCUGCUCCCGCAACAACGACGACCACCCCCGCAGCAGCAACUGCUCCUUCGUUUAGCUUCGGACCUUCGACGACGACACCGGCACCUGCUGUCAAUAACCCGGCCGCCGCCGCCGCCGCCGCCGCCGCUACUACCGCCGGGGCAACGACGGCGAGCGUUCCGUCUGCUGCCCCUGCUGCCACGCCGCACUGCCGCGCCAGCACCGGCAGCGACGGUGGCACUGGCAGCAGCGGCGACACCGACAGCGGCGGCCGGAGGACUGUUUGGGUCAUCUGGAGUGUGGGUGGUAGUGGUCGUACCGGGGGGGGGGGGGGGUUGCCCGGGCUUCCGCUUGCGACGGCGGCGGCUCCUGCGGCGGCGGUGGCACCGUUAGCGUUCACGAGCGCUUCGGCCGGUGACCCUGAUGCCGUCAACCCCGGCUCGGAGGACUUCUGGCGGAACGCCGACGACGAACAGGUGUAUUCACUGCUGAGCGCGCCCACGGCGGACACUCCGAGGCUGGUGGAGCUGGCGCUGUUGCAGGGCUCGGCGGGGCAGAGGAUGGCCCAGGGGCUGGCGAAUUACUACAAGAAGCCGAGCGCGGAGUCCCUCAAGAAGGUGGUCGAUGGCAAGGUGGCGUUAAUGGAGGGGGAGCAGGAGCGUUCUCUUCCCGGGGGCGAGGCGGAAGGGAAGUUCUGCGUCUCCCUUUCGAAGCUCCUCCAUCUUGACGAGGUUCAGUGUGUGCAGGUUCUGCACGCCUUCCUAAGGCGUAGGAACUCCGAGAGCCCGCGUGGGUCGCCCCCUGCGUCGGAGGGCUUGGACUUCUCGUCGCAGUUCCUUCUAUUCGAAGUCCGAGACUACUUCCGCAACCAGCGUCUAGCCCACCUCUACCUGCUGCACGAGCUGCUGAGGAUUGAUCAGGGCCCAGACAACAGCCUUCACCCGAAGGCGGAGCAGGUGCUCGGCAGGCACCACCCCGACCUGAUGAGGGACCUGUUCGAGCUUCUGCGGGAGCUGUUCAAGGAGAACCCUCCCGUCGUCGUUAGCGAGAGCGGGCAGGGAUGGGGGGGUGCCGCGAGGAAGCGGGAGUGGGUCGCUCAGCGGGUGGCCGAGCUGUCCGAAGUUGUCGGCUGCAUGGUGAUCGCGGGGUACUACCGCUACCGGGUGCAAGGAGACCAGGCACGGCUGGUGAUGGACAUGCUGUCCUUCAUGCAGGAGGCGGACUUUUCGAUGCCCCCAGCGUUCAGGGCGUACAUUCCGGCAGCCUCAGAAGUCUCCAAGAAGGCGCGAAGCUUCAGCUUUACCCUGGCGUUGCUGGGGAUCGAGGCGCUGGACCUCCAGAAGGUGGACAGCCCAGACGAGAUGGUGUUGCACCACGCACUCCUGAGAGACUUCAACGCCGACGACGCGUCCAUUAGUACGAUGGCGUGCAAGUGGGAACAGCCACUCUGUCAACUAAAGGACCCCAGCGUUGUUUGUUGUGUGCUCUCGCAGGCGAAGAGGAGGUUGCUGAUCGAGGGGCCCAGCGAAGGAAGCCCGGAGAUGAUAGAAACACCCCAGACGCUGGUAGUGGUCGCGUGGGGGGUUCUCCUUCGAAACGCCUGCAUGGUCAUCCCGGGCCUUUCUCAAGGGUGGGGAGAGGACUCGGGAGCAGCGGCGAUGGAGUUCGCGGUGAAGGAGGACGCUAUCGCCUGCCUGGCGGAGGGGGUCAGGGGCCUCGCGGACACGUGGCAGGAUACCUCGGGGUACGGCGCGGGGAUCUGGGGAGCCGAGGCCGCCCACUUCUCGGCCCUGUGCCAGCCGCCUUCCCGAAGGCUCGGGCCUUCCCCGCGCCGCGGCACCCCACCCGCCCCCCACGAGGUCGUUCUGCCCCCCCGGCCGGCCGCCGAUGCCGCUGUGUCCGCCGACAUGUUCCUCCUGGUGGUGUCUUGCUUCGUGCGCGCCGUGCAUUGCGCACCGCCACCGCCUGUACACCUUGGUGAAAGCCCGCAGGGGGGGGGACAACGCGGUUUGGUUGGCGUUGGGGAGGGGGUGGGGUUCAGGCCGGAGCACUUGGGCGAGGUGGCUAAGCUUGCGAGGGUGGCGGCGAGUAUUUUCAGAGGUCAGACUGCUCUGUCUUGGGGGGCCCUAGUGUCCGCUCGCGAAAACGACGGUCCCAGCAGCGGGGCCGCCGGGCUGCUCCUCAACGCGUCCCGCUCGCUCUUCCCGCUGUCGGCGGGGUCCUUCUCUCUCCUCCUCUCCUCCCUGGUCCACAAUCAGGACACCGCCGACAUCGCUCACGCUAUUCUAGCUGGGCUUGAUCACAACGAGGAGGACCUCGACUACGAUGAUGGUGGCGGCGUCGAUAGCGGCAACAACCGCUACGUUGCGAUGCUCUCGGCCAGGGGACCCAAGGAAAGCCGGCUGUGGGCGAAGUGGCCAACGGGCGGCAGGCGAGAGGAAGACGGCCAUGACGACGACGAUGAUGGGUUUGUUUCUGCGGGAUCGUCAGUCGUGGUUACCCAGGCGUUCGCCGUGACCGACACCGGGAUGACAGUCCCGCGCGGGACUGUGUGCAGCGUCGUGGAGGGCGUCGACGAGUGGGGGAACAUCCACGUCAAGUUCCCGCACCGGCAGCCUCCCUGGGUGGCUCUGGUCGGGAGGCUGUACGCUACCUUGGCCGAACUCCAGGGGAUGGGAGGUCGGUUUUCUGAGGCGUCGGCUUUGUCUGUGGCCGAGCGGCUGUCGGACGCGCAAGCUGUCGUGGGCCUGAUGAACAGCGUCUUCAGGCACUCGGAGUGCGGGCCUUUGCGCGCCGAGACGGUGCUGAGGAGCUGCGCGGCGCAGGAUUGGCUCGUGGCGGGAGGUUUCGAGCACCUGGCGAGGCUGUUGAAGGAGAGCAGGCGCACCUUGGAAGGCGAGCUUAGGACGGGGAGAUGCUACGCGGACCCCUAUGCGAAGGCCGAGCUAGACGAUGCCGGGGGUGCGGCGGCUCUCCUGUCCGCCUUCCAGGCGGACGGCAACCCUCUCCCCACCAACGACGGGUCCAGCUGCUUCGCCGCCCAGCUCCCUCGGAUCCUGGUCGGCAUCCUCCGCCACCUGCUGCCGCUCGUGGCGGCGCACCCCCCCCAGCGAAGCACGGGGGCGGAGACGCUGUUACCGGGGGUAGACCCCUUCUCCCCCCCCGCGCCGGGGGGGUGCGAGGCGGUGCUCGGGGCGUCGCUGUACGGGCUAGCGGCGGCUACGGUAGAGCUGCUGGGUACCCUCGCUGCGCACGGGGCGGCUGCCGAGCUUCGAGCGGCGGGGCUAGUCGGCGACGGUGAUGAUGUUAUUGAGGCUGCCGGUGGUGGUGGCGCGGCGGAAGGCGGGGGCGCCCGGGGGCACCGG